ACUUUUCUAAGUUCGGCAUCGGCCGCCCUUAACCCUGUAUUAGGGUUGUAAUCUGACAUGUCUAUUUGAAGUUUAAGAACUCCAUCAACUCCAUUCAUCCCAGCCAUUACGUAUGCCGUUUAUGUCCAGACUUCGUUAUCUUAGUUCUCUUCUUGCGCUUCAAAGUCGUCGCUAACUAACAAAAUGCAAAGUCUAUUUGGAUUUGGACAAAGUGCUGAUAUUGAUGUUGUCCUUGAUGGAGUUGAAAGCAGGAAAUCUGCUGAUAUCAAAACUGAGGAAGGAAAAAAGGAACGUCACCUGCUGUAUUAUGACGGAGAAACUGUCUCAGGCAAAGUGAAUGUUGCCCUUAAGAAGCCAGGUAGCAAACUUGAACACCAAGGUAUCAAAAUAGAAUUUAUUGGUCAGAUUGAUUUGUUCUAUGACCGUGGAAAUCAUCAUGAAUUUACAUCCCUUGUCAAAGACUUGGCCCGUCCAGGAGAGUUAAUGCAAAAUACAGCUUAUAGUUUUGAGUUCCAGAAUGUUGAAAAACCAUUUGAAUCAUACACUGGGUCUAAUGUCAGACUUAGGUACUUUCUGAGAGUUACCAUAGUACGAAGAAUCUCUGAUAUUGUAAAGGAAGUGGACAUUGUUGUGCACACUCUCUCAUCAUAUCCAGAUGCUAAUAACAGCAUAAAAAUGGAGGUUGGGAUUGAAGACUGUUUGCACAUAGAGUUUGAGUACAACAAGUCAAAAUACCAUUUAAAAGAUGUUAUUGUGGGGAAAAUUUAUUUCCUCUUGGUGAGAAUUAAAAUAAAGCACAUGGAAAUCGCUAUCAUCAAAAGGGAGACAACUGGUUCAGGUGUCUCUAUAGGUCCAAACUCUUACCUGGAGAAUGAAACCAUAGCAAAGUAUGAAAUUAUGGAUGGAGCUCCAGUUAAAGGAGAGAGCAUACCAAUUCGGGUAUUCUUGGCUGGUUAUGAUUUGACACCAACUAUGAGAGAUAUCAAUAAGAAGUUCUCAGUCAGAUAUUAUCUGAAUCUUGUAUUAAUGGAUGAUGAAGAUCGUAGAUACUUUAAGCAACAGGAAAUAACUUUAUGGCGUAAAGGUGAAAAGGCCCGUAAAGUGGGCUCAGGCAUGGCUCAAUCACCAACUAUGAACAUGCCCACUCACUUGGUCAGUGGUGAUCACAGCCGCCGUGAAGUCAAUGUGGAAUCUGACGCCGAUGUUGUUAAUGCUCCUGGUGUAGAAAGUAUGAGACGCGAGGUAGAUUCGCCAACAGGGGUAAACAAUAGUGAAGCUACUGUGGAUACCAGCCCAAUUGUCCAAUCGCCUCUAGAAGGUAAUCCACCCCUCAUGUCAGACUGAAUUUUAAGCCUCUCUUCAUCCAAAAUUUGCAUGUGUUCAACAUAUUUGCAAAUUUAUUUACUCUGAGUGAUUCUGAGAGUUUUCAAAUUUUGCCACAGCUUUUUAAACAACCAUUGUUAUGUUUUAAAUCAUAUAGAAGGCUCAACUCUGCUGUUUAAAUAUGCAGUGUGAUGUAAGAAUUGUCAGCAAAUGUUUAGCCGGCAACAUUGGUGCUCUAAUUACUUUUUUUCAUUUUCUAUGUAUUUUACAUUUAAGCUCAUCAAAUGUAGCAAAUGUUUGAAUUAGUUUGGAAAGAUAAACUCUUUUUAGAAUCUCUAUCACCAAUUUUACAAGGAAACAACCUGUGAUCCUUAAUUAAAUGUUUAAAAAAACACUGAACUAAUACAUGUCAUACUAAACUGUAUUUUAAAAUUUACCUGACAACUGCAUGUGGUAUUGUCUAUCAAAUUCUUUUCCACCGCCUUCUCUAAACGCUAUGCAAAUUUUAGUAAUCAUUUUUAUGGAGUUCAUUACCAUAUUACUGUAGAAAUCCAAGUCUGGGCAGUUCCCUUCUGAUUGUUUGUGAUUUGGUUUUCUUGGCUUAAUUCUUUAAAAAAAAUUUAGACUCUAAUCCAAAGUCUUUUUCCCAUUUUCCUCCCCUCUGCUCUGAUAAAACUUUCUGUUCUUAUUUAUGUUUCUCCUUUAUGCCCUUCUGUAAACACUGAUUUGAAUCUUUAAAGACAAUUAUUUCAAUGCAGUUGUGUCCCAAUUUUCUGAAGUGCAUGAACAUGGUCCAUCUUUUGCAGCCUUUAAGGAGGCUUCUGUGUUUCUAGUGUAUUUUCUCUGAGUACUAGAUGUUAUUCAGACAAAAAAACAAGAGUAGUAUUACUUAUGCUCAUUCAUGAAAGUGUGUAACUCGUUGUCCGCCUCUGAUUUACCUCCACUUAGGGAACAAGUCAGCAAUUUCUUGAGUGCAUGAUACAUACCAUAUAUUCUAAUGUUAACGACACUGGAGGUUAACCAUCAUUAUUCAAAGUUUUAAUGUAAGUCAAUCAUCAACCUUGAACAGAUAUUCAUUUACCAGAUGCAUAUGUAUAUUUUAAAUGAUAGUUUGGUGUGCCUUAUUCGUGACAUUCUAGUAAAAUUAAGAAAAUUGUUAUUGUUCUUGGGUUAGCAUCCCUGUAAUAUAUGUACCUAUAUAGAUAUGUCUUAAGCAAUACAUUUAAAUUGUAUCAUUUCAACAUGUAGAUUUUGCUAUCAGUUUCAUGAAUUAUUUUCGUAAUCUGUCAGUUUGUUGUAUGUAAGAAAUUAAGGCCUUGGUUUCUUACUUGAGGAUUACUCUAUUGAAACUGAAGAAUUAUGACUGAAAUAUAGAUUGUUGCAAUUUCAUUUCAUUUAAAUAUAUAAAUAUCUCUAUCUAAUCAUGUGUAUCAAUUAACUGCUGGAUGUCUCAACAAAAAGAAACAAACUUGUAUCUCAAAAAGUUUUUAGGAAGUGUAUUCAAUAUUGAUCAGUUCAUACAGUAUAUGAAAUGAAAGUUUCCUUUUCAUCUCUGUGAAAUGGUGUGCUUCUUAGGUGAACAUUUUUUUAAAAUUUUUUUGGUUUAUACAGGAUGGAAUUUCAGAUUUAGUGGCCUAUCUAAAAUCACGAUACGCUGUUAGAGGUCCUUGAUUGCCUCACAGAUUUAGUUUCAUAAACCUAGAUGAGAUAAAGUUUGUUCAAGGGUAUGCAAUGUAAAUUAAGGAUUGAUGACAUCAAAAUAUUAAUAAUAGCUUUAUUAAAACAAUUUUUUGAUUGCUAUUUCAAUGUGUUAAGUUUACAGUGUACAUUUUGUAAAGCAAAAUUACAAAAUUUAUGAUCAUUGUGCAAAGUUUAUAUAUAAAUAAAGUUAUACCUACUGAAA